AUGAGCGACACAGCGCGACAAACAGAAAUCCCGCGGGAAGAAGCCGCUGCAGAGGCUGGACCUGGAGCCGCAAACACGAAUGCUGUUCCGGCCAACCAACUCACGGAAGAUAUCGAAAAUAAUAGUACUUCUUCAGAACGAUCAAAGGGAAAGAUUGCGUUGAUUAUGACCGCACUGGGCAUGGCUGUAUUCCUUGCUGCUCUUGAUGUCACAAUCAUCACUACCGCUUUGCCGACGAUUUCGUCCUAUUUCAAUUCAACAGCUGGAUAUACGUGGAUUGGAUCGGCAUACCUCCUAGGCAAUGCUUCGAGCACGCCGCUUUGGGGCAAGGUCUCUGAUAUAUUUGGACGCAAGCCUAUCUUGAUGGCUGCGAACGUACUGUUCCUCAUAGGCUCUCUGGUAGCUGCUCUUGCAAACAGUAUCGGGAUGCUCAUUACUGCUCGCGCCAUUCAGGGCGUUGGUGGAGGUGGCCUGGUCACCCUCGUCAACAUCUGCAUCGGAGAUCUAUUUUCGAUGAGACGCAGAGGAGCCUUCUACGGAAUCGUGGGCGGUGUAUGGGCAUUAGCUUCAGCUGUCGGGCCCCUCCUCGGAGGCGUCUUCACAGAGAAGGUCUCAUGGAGAUGGUGUUUCUACAUUAAUCUGCCCCUCGAUGGUGCAGCGUUAGUUAUCAUCUUUUUCUUCCUGGAUCUGAAAACGCCGAAGACUCCUCUUUGGGAGGGUCUGAAAGCGAUCGACUGGGUAGGAGCCCUCCUCGUCAUUGGUGCCGUACUCAUGUUCCUUUUUGGUCUGGAAUACGGUGGUGUCUCCCACCCCUGGAACUCUGCGACCGUUCUUUGCCUCAUUAUUAUCGGAGUCUUCACCAUGUGUCUUUUCUUCCUCUACGAGGCGAAGGUCGCCAAAUCACCAGUCAUGCCGCUUCGCCUUUUCCACAAUUGGAGUAACAUUGCUGUCCUUGGUGUUUGCGCCAUCCACGGAAUGGUCUUCAUUUCGGCUUCAUACUACUUACCUUUGUAUUUCCAGCUUGCUCGGGGAGCUACACCUAUCUUGUCGGGUGUCUACAUUUUGCCUCAGGCUCUGUCUCUAUCCUUCGCUUCUAUGGCAACUGGCAUCUUCAUUCGUAAGACAGGUCAAUACCUGCCCACAAUCUGGUUCGGAAUGGUCUUUUUGGUGCUAGGUUUCGGUCUAUUCGUCGACUUUGACCGUAACAGUAGUUGGGCAAAACUCAUCAUCUUCCAGAUCAUUGCAGGAAUAGGAAUUGGCCCUAACUUCCAAGCUCCCCUGAUCGCCCUACAAACGAAUGUCCAACCCAGAGACAUCGCCACAGCCACAGCCACCUUUGGUUUCGUCCGCCAAAUCUUCACAUCCAUCUCCGUCGUCAUCGGCCAAGUCGUAUACCAGAACCAGAUGGAAACAAAGACCGCCACCCUAGUAGCAGCACUCGGCCCGGAAGCCGCAUCGAAAUUGACAGGCGGAGGCGCAGGCGCCAACGUUGGACUUGUCGACAGUCUUCCCCCAGAUCAAAAGCGGAUAGCUCAGACCGCAUUCGCACAGAGCUUGCAUCCCAUGUGGAUCAUGUAUGUGUGUUUUGCGGCUCUUGGAUUGAUUGUGAGUUUCUUCAUCCAGAAGAAGGAGCUCAGCAAGAAGCAUACGGAGACAAAGACGGGGCUUGAGGUACAGCGUGCGAAUGCCGUGGAGCAGGCGCAAGAAGAUGCUGAUAGAAAAGCCGCCAAGGAGGAGAGAAAGCUGCAUGAUCCCGAGAAGGGUGAAGCAUAA